CCCGCAACCCGCCCAACAGUCUCUCUCGCAGCAACGUAUACUGUACAUGAGGUCCAUCUCAUUUAUGCAGCCAAGAUACCGUCACCAUCAGCAGUCAUGUCCAGCAUUGUUGCCGUUGUCAGCCCAACGGCAUUAAUUCCUGGGCCGCCCGAGUAUGAGGCCCGGCGCAGAGCAAUCCUCGAAGAGUUCGGCGCCAAGGUCCCCGAGACACUGCGUCUGCCCCAAGGGCUGAUCGCCAACCCUCCCAAAAAUGUCACCGCUAUCCCCCGAGAAUGCGGCAUCCUGUCGCCAGAGGAGAUUGAGAUUACGGAGACGUAUGACGCCACGGCUCUGGCGUCGGCCAUUGCCUCGAGGAAGCUGACCGCCGUCGCCGUCGCCACGGCCUUUGCCAAGCGUGCCAUCAUCGCGCACCAACUCACCUGCUGCCUGACAGACUGGUUCAUGGAUGAGGCCGUGGAGCGGGCCAGGUCUCUUGAUGAGCAUCUCGCAUCAACGGGCAAGACUGUCGGCCCACUUCACGGCGUGCCCAUCAGUCUCAAGGAGCACAUGCCGGUCGCCGGCCACUUCUCAAGCACUGGUUUCCUCGACACUCGUGUGCUGAACGAUGAGGACGCGCACAUGAUAAGCAUUUUGCGUGCUGCCGGGGCCGUCUUUUAUUGCAAGACGAACCAGCCGCAAGCCAUCAUGCAUCUGGAGAGCACAUCCUUCUUCGGUCGCGUCCUCAACCCCUACAACAUCGGCCUCUCGGCCGGCGGCUCGACCGGUGGUGAGGCGGCGCUCGUGGCCAUGAGGGGAUCCGUGCUCGGCGUGGGCACCGACAUUGGCGGCAGCGUGCGCGGUCCUGCGGGCUUCUGCGGCAUCUACGGCUUCAAGCCCACGUCGUAUACGCUGCCUAUGAAGGAUUUCCUUGCCGGCGGCUUCCCAGCGGAACUCAACGUAAUUUGCUCGACGGGGCCCAUGUGCAAUUCGCUGCGGGACAUGGACCUCUUUAUGCGCGUCGUACUGGCUGCGAAGCCCUACUUGACAGACCCCAGGCUGAUCCCGAUUCCGUGGGUGGGACUUCAGUCGCCCGCGAGAUCGGGCCCUAUCAAGAUUGGCAUCCUGAUGAAUGACGGUGUCAUCACGCCCCAGCCACCCGUGAUCCGGGCCCUGAAGUGGGCUCAAGAGAAGCUUGAAGCGUCCGGUUCCUUCACCGUCAAGCCGUUCGUACCAUACCGCACCGCAGAAGCCAUCAAGAACGUGCGACAGGCGUAUUGGCCGGAUGGCGGCGCGGAAGUCCGCAAGCAUCUCGCGCAUACGGGCGAGCCCAUUCAGCCACUGACCGAGUGGGUUCUCAAGGAGGCCGCAGGCAAGGACGUGGGAUCGUUGGGGGUCCACGACAUACGCAUGGCGCGAGACAAGUUCCGGUGCGACUUUGCGGAGCACUGGCAGACACAGGACGUUGACGUGGUGUUGUGCCCCGUCUUUGUCGGGCCAGCUUGCGAGCACGAGACGUCCUGGUACUGGAACUACACGGCGUUUUGGAACUACGUCGACUACCCCGGCGCGGUCUUCCCGACGACGAUCAAGGCGGGCAAGAAGGGCAGCGAGGCAUAUGCUCCAGAUGCGGUGUCGCCUCUGAGUGAUGAGGACAAGCAUGUACGGCAGUUGUGGGACAAAGGUGACUUUGAGGACGCGCCCAUCGACUUGCAGGUAGUGGCUCGCAAGUACCACGACAAUGAUCUUUUUGCGGCAUUAGCAGCGAUGCAGCCGGUGUUGGGGAUAUGAAGCGAUGAGGCGACGAUGUUCAGGCUCAUGCUAAUGUAUAUCGAACGAGGUUAUGGGACGAGGUAAAUUGAACAAUUACUUCUUUAGAGAUGGUAUCCUGGUAGCAAAGGCG